AAUUCCUAUUCUAUUCGUAAACUACCUGUACUAUAUUCCAAAGAUACUGAUUGAAAUCACGUGAUAAACUGCAGGUCCUGGCCAAUGGUAUACGUACGCAUCGUUUGUCACUCGUUCGCGGGUCGGCGACGACAAACAAGAGAAAUCAUUUCCUCUCCUAUAUCCGCUUUUACAUAGAAAGCUUUUACCCUCCAUAGCACCUCUCUCCUCACAUCUUGCCCCAGCUCUAGUAUUCCCCUUCCCUCCUAUAACAUGUAUCAUACUUAAACUUCCCAUCGCGUCCUCAUCUACUUCCCCUUACCCACCUACGUGCACAAAGAAAAUCCACUUCUUGCUCUAUACAUAAUUUCCUUCCGCUCUAUUCCUACCUGAAUUUCCGCGUGGGCAUCCGUAACUGCUGGCGUGUUCCAUUACAUCUAGCCGCAUACCUCUCUUAGGUCUCUGACCUUUUUUCCUUCCCUCCGCCAUCCUUAACCUUACUUCCUCCCCCGCUGCCUUUUCCUUCAUCUCUCUCUUCAGACUUCAUCCCGCCAACACUAACAUCUCUUCUUACCACUUUUUCACCACGCUAAUAUCCAGAAAAAUUUUCUACCUUUGCUCAAUCUAUCUUUUCGGAAAAAAAAUCGUCACCAUGUCUAACGCUACGGAUUCCACCGGCAGUCAAGAGAAUCGUCCAGUCACCCCUGCCAACCGCUCCCGCAGCAAUACUAUGAGCACAAACCCUUUCAAUAAUGACAUGAUUCGCUACCAAAACCACCUUUAUACUAAUUAUGCGGACUCCCGCUCGGGAAGCCAAACUAAUGAGGUAAGCUAGAAUUGCCUUUGGUCCCCCUUAGAAAGAGAAUGCUGAGUUGGUUACCAGGAGGGCGAUGAUGCCCAUGUCAUCUACGUUUCUGGAAUCGUUAGCUCUAUCGAGGAUAGUGCUUUGUGUGAUGUGUUCAGACAGUUCGGUAAACAUUAUCCUCUCCCCAGGCGAAUCGUGAUUGAUUGUUUUCAGGUCGAAUCAUCGAUAUUCUUCGCCGCCACGUUGGGUUUGAAACCAAGGCUGGCGGUAUCCAGCAAUACGCCUUUGUUAGAUUUGCCAGUGUCGAAGACGCCCAACGUGCCCUUCAGGCAGCUGAAGUUACCCUGGGAGAUAGGAAGCUGUAGGUUUCAGCUAGUUUGCCAUGAAGAGAGCUUGUAGGAUGAAUCGCUUACGAGUACCCUAGGACUAUCAAACCACGCGAGAGGCGCCCCCGCAGAUGUUUUACUCGUGAAGAUUCCGGAUACGGGAAGUACAGUGAUAGUAAUGAGAGGAUUCUCAACGCCAUCCGUGGAACCAGUCGCCCCGAUUCUAGAAAGGGGCAUGCUUUCGGGCAGCGAUACGAGGAUCAUAAUGGGGGCCAAAACAACCUCUCUACAACCCCUAAUGGACAGGCUGGAGGUUACGACCCCAGCGUUGCUCCCAGUGCUGGGAUGAAGUCUCCCGAUGAUAGUGGUGACGUUUGUCGUCCACAAGUGUUGAUGAGUAAGGCUUUAUUCGUGGCCGGUUUACCUUUCGAUAUGUCCCCGAAGGAAUUGUUCAUGCUUUUCGCUGAGCAAGGCCCAGUCGAAGGGUGUUACAUUUUUCCAUUCCUUGACCCCUUUGGGCGUAGAUUCGGUCAUAUGGUUAUGGCCACAUUUUUUGCUGCUCAGAAGGUACUUGCACCCCUUCUCCAUUCGUGACUUCAGUUUUUGUCCUAACAGACUGUAGGCUCAAGAAACAUUUGAUAAAUGUACCAUACGAAAUUGUCUUCUAGAGGUUGGCUACCGGCAUCUGGAGCCUCUUAUGGGAGGCCCUGAAUAUAAUUCCCAACAACCUGGAUUUCAAGGACCGCCUACUCCAUCGUUCCCAAUGUACUGCCCUACCGCCCCUCAUCAGAAUUGGGCCCAGCAUCCGUUUAUCGGCCAGAUUCCUGCACAUGCAGGGCUAGCGCCACAAAUGAUGGCUUUCAACCACUCCUAUCUCCCAUUCCCCCCCGGCCAUGUUCCCCCUUCUGCAUACGGCCAUCAACAGAUUCAUAUGAUGCCACCUCCCGGCCUCGAGCAAUCCUAUGCGCAGUACGGUACCCCACCAAAUUCACCACCUUUCCAUGCCCAUGCUUUCGGGUGGCAAGCUCAGGGACGUGGUAUGAAUCGCCCUUUUCAAAGCGGAAGAAACUUCGCUCGUCGCCCAUCAUACCGUCAAACCGCUUCAAAUUUUGCCCCAUCUUCCCCAGGGACAGGGAGCGGAGAUCAACACAUCCGUUCCAUCUCUAACUCUUCCUCUAGCACACUUGUCUCCGGUGGAUCCGAGCAAAAGGCCCAUGGCCCGGUCAUUGUCAAUGGCUCCUAUCCGUAUGGUGGGUAUGGCACUCCUCAAAAUGACCGUAAUUUGAAGGAAGAGACCUCACCUUCUGACGAGCAAUCGACACCAUCUCCGGUAGCCGUGCGAUCAGCCCAAAUCCCUCAAAUCGUCGAGACGCCAAUCAGGCCCGGAUCAAAGUCCUCCUUUCAGUCCAUAGUCCCGGAAGCUGUACCUGAAACACCGAAGCCAACAGACCCUGCCAAUCUUUUUGUCAAAAAUUUUGAUGACGAUAUUAUCUCGGACCCUGACGAUCUCAAAAAAUUGUUCGAGCCCUACGGUCCUGUUGCCUCGGCUCAUCUUGCCAUGAUCCCUGGGACCAACCGGAGCAUCGGGUAUGGGUUUGUAGCAUUCGCUAAAGCAGAUGAUGCAGCGAACGCAAAAUCGAAAUUGAAUGGCUCCAUGGUUGGCAAAAAGCGGCUAUUCGUGAGCUACGCCGAACGAAAGGAGGAGAGGACCCAGAGACUUAAGCUGCAUUUUAAGAAGGAGAGGAAUGGGUUUCGAAGUGAUGUAAAUGAAGUUGAUUCUAGUAACUCUGAGAGCGCACAGGCCCGGCCUUCAGACAGCGGGGAGGAGGGAAGCACCGAGGGUACUGAAAAGGGCGAGAAGAACGAGAGUAUUGAGAGAGAACCACCAAGCCCCCCCCCUGAGAAAAACACAAGCCAUCCUGAGCAUGGUCCUGACCAAAAUGUAAUCAGGGAAUCCUCAGAGGUAUCUCGAAUUGAGGAAGGCAGUGAGGAAUGCAGUUCAACCGCACAAGUACUUUCUGGGGACGGCCGUCCUCCUUUCACCCUUGUCGAGAACGUCCCGCGUACUCUGGCAGAACAGGACACCACGGCGGCUACAAGGUGGCGUGGAAGGACUCAAUUAACAGGGAGUAAGUAUUCUGAAAUUCAAAUUUCUUCCGUCCGCGAUAGUGCUAACUAUCGUCCCAAAGUCACCGAAGUAGAGGAGGAAGUUCCUGCAGAGACUGGCAAUGAUGGCAACACCGCGGCAUAUGCUGAGCCAACACUCCUUCAAAUUCAUGACCAGGUCGUGCAUCCUGUCUCCGGGCGAGUGCAAGCGCCUAGUUUCCAAGACCAAAUCAAGGAGCAGAGGCUGCAAAGCGAUUCUACUCAGCCAGAUGCACCCGGUGACUUUUUGCGAUCAAGUGGGGGGAACAAUAACUUUCAGAGGCAACAGCAUUACGACAAUCGCUCUCCAAGCCCUCACAACGGCAGUCGUGGUCAUGGAGCACAAUAUCACAACCACGGUCAGAAUGGAACUGGGAGAGGCUAUCGGGGUUACGGAUAUCAGAAUCCGAGUUUCGGCCGAGGUGGCCUCAGAUUCUACGGGAAUAACAGACUCGGAGGUAAUGGCGGGUAUCACGGCUCGUUCAGCAACUCGACUUCUGGUGGACGUACUGUAUUUUUCAAUAACAGCACUCAGCCUUUCUCUACAGAGAGUAACCACGAACCGAUUGGGCCUCAAAAUCAGCACCGUAAGAAGAAAUGGCAAAGUGGGAACAGGAAUGGCCGCGGGGGACAGCAGCAGAGGGGAUCACCCGUUAACAUUGAUCACCACACGGUCAGUAACGUGAUGCUCGAUGUCGGCGACACUAGUCAGGGGGCGGUAGCAGCUUACUAAGUUGCACGGACGUGUUCAAGAAAGAGAGGGAGAAGGCCAUGAAUGAGGAUAGGGAUGGCGGUAGGGAAGGUCGAUGGGGGGAGGGAAAAAUCGGUGAAUUGUGAGGGUGCGGGGGGCUUGAAGUGGCUAGAACAUAGUAUCCCUUAUCUCAAAGUUCUAGCUAACUUGCUGCAGUUUUUCUUUUCUUUUUUCUUCUCUCGUUGCUUCAUUCCUAGAAUCUCACUCUAGUCUUGCACUGUAUCCGGGUGCUCUAAUUCCAUGUUUUGAUUUUUUCAAAAUGUGUU